AUGGCAGCUAGCGACAUAGCUGGAUCUGUCUUCAAAUAUGGGUCAAUCCCAGUGGCCGUUGUGGUCGGGUUGUAUGCGGUCCUGCUUGGGCUGCUCACGACAUCAACUUUCCAGUCACAUGUUGUAUACCUCCACGCAAUUCAGAUGACAUGGUUCAAAGACCUCAAUGUUCCCGAGACUUUUGGCUUUUUGAGAAACCAAGUCACCCCUUUCUCUAUCGCGACUACAGACGGUGAGCGACUAUACGCUUGGCACAUUCUUCCAACGGAAUUAUAUCGCAAGAAUGAAUUGUCGCUUGUCCAGGAACCUGUCGGUUUUGUGUCUGAUAUAAAGUCCCGACUCGGGUUUCAACUAUUACGGGAUGAUCCCGAAGCUCGGUUGAUCCUCCAUAUGCAUGGGGCUGGGGGAACUGUCGCGUCGGGCUACAGGGUUCCCAACUAUCGCGCAUUGUCUGCCGGAGAUCCUAACAAAAUCCACGUCUUGACAUUUGAUUAUCGAGGUUUUGGCAAGAGUUCUGGCUCGCCAUCAGAAACUGGACUUAUAAUUGAUGCCCUUGCCGUGGUCGACUGGGCCAUGAAUGUGGCCGGUAUUCCUCCAUCGCGGAUUCUCAUCUUCGCACAAUCUAUGGGCACAGCCGUGAGCAUUGCUGUGUCUAAACACCUUGCCGUACAAGACCCACCAGUGGUCUUCGCGGGAACCGUUCUCGUUGCGCCGUUUGUUGACGUCGCGACCUUAGUCUCAACUUAUCGCGUGGCGGGCACCAUUCCAAUCCUGUCACCCCUUGCGAGAUUCCCACUGGUAUUCAAAUACCUUCAAAGAUUCAUUCGUGACAAGUGGCUAAGCAAAGACACGAUUGCGCAAUACGUUCGUACCAACGAGCUAAAUGGGGAAGAUUAUCGACUGACGAUUAUUCACGCCGAGGAUGACUAUGAUAUUCCAUGGCAGCAUUCUGAGCUUCUGUUUUGGCAUGCGGUCAAUGCUUCGACGCCUGCAGGGAUCAGUUAUGACGAUCUUGAGCAAAAGAAGCUGGACUCAAAGGCAGACCUUGGUGCGGCUGGGUCCAUCAUGGAAUGGAAAACUGAUAAUGGGGUUAUCCAAGAAGAGAUAUUGAAGACUGGGUUACACGAUGUUAUUAUGGGGUACCCGGUGGUUACAAGGGCGGUUAUGCACAUGUUUGAAGCGGUUGAUCCGUCAUUUACAUCUUGA